UACACACACACUCGCACGCUCGAGGAGUUCAGGGAAUCCUCGCCUGCACGUAUAUUUCUUAUCAGCCUGUCUGUGCGUCAUGUGUUAAGUAGGUGUGGGCUCGCCUUCCUGGAUUUUUGCUGCAUGCAAAUCAGCUGAGCUGAAUGAAGAUAUAGAUCCAGACAGAAGUUUUUUUUUAUGUCAACAGUCUUUGUGCACUUUUUCAUCAUGCACCAGUGGCGACGAUGAAACACCUGUGGAGGCGUACAAUUCGAACACUGAGGGGAAACGAAGGUAUUGACAAGAAGAAGUUGGUUGAAAUUCUUUGGGAGCCCUGAGAAGCAGUGUCAUCUUUCCCCUCUGGCAUUUCUGCACUCACACAAACGUAAAAGAGGAUCUCUAUUUGGAACUUCUGGCGGGAGGAUUUCCACAUGCGAGUGUGUUUGAGUAACUUCAUCAGGCUGGGAAUAGACCCAGUGAGGCUGGAUCCUGCUGCUCUGGCUUGGCGCUAAGAAGGUGUGUGUCAGCUGGUGUGUGCUAACAACUGGAGAUAACGGCACUCAAGGGCAUGCCUGUGCCGUAAACAACAACCGAUGACUUGCUGUCAUUCAAAAGUAUCUAAGUGAGAUUUGGAAACCUCUGUAAUGCCUCUCCAAGGAACAUCACAGCCAGCAGUUGAGUGUGUGCCACAGUAGAUGGCUGGUAUCAAGAUUGCUUGAUUGCAUAAUUAACUCUUUUUGGUUUGGGAAUCAUGCCCAGAGUCUUUAAACACAGAGGAAAAGAAAGGAAAAAAAACAAACCGUUAUUUCAAUCUGGAUUCUGACACCGAGAUAACUGACGGAGAACGAGGUUUGUUGCAGACUCCCACAUCAUGACUCUUACCUGGACAGACUCCUCUUCCAAUGUGAAGGAAAACUGGGCUUUGGCAGAACUUCUGAAUUCUGAAUAGCAUUUUAGCCUGUGUGCAGCUGGAGUUGGAUUCUUCAAUCAGAUAUGUUGGGAAUUUGAUCAUCUGAACAUAAGGUUUGUAUCAUCCAUCCAGCUUAAGAAUCUACAUCUGAUCAUUAUAUGUCCAGGUCAGAACCUGGGUUUUAAAGACAUUUCAAUCAAACAUCUUCUCGUGUUGGACCUUAAUCUCCCUUGAAUGAGGAUGAGAGGAGACAGGAGGUCUGCUUCCUUUCGUAAGGAGAAACCUGCAGGUCUUUCCCGAGCUCUCAGCUGGCUAAGCGUGUCCAAUCUCUCACGCCAGAACAGUCGAAUCUUCCACAGUCAAAGUGAGCUCCACACCGUCCACACCGUCCACAAUCGCCACACGUACUCACACACUCACCUUCAUACCGCAGAAGGACACAAGGAUGAUGACGACGACUGGGUGUACAAGCCUCAACACAAAAUAGCGGUGUCUAACCUCGACGAGGAGAGCAAGUGGACGGUUCAUUACACGGCUCCGUGGCAUCAGCAGGAGAACGUCUUUCUACCGGGCAGCAGGCCGCCCUGCGUAGAGGAUCUGCACCGGCAGGCCAAAGUCAACCUCAAGACCGCCCUGCGAGAAUGCGACAAGUUGAGGAAAGAUGGUUUCCGGAGCUCGCAGUACUACUCUCAGGGUCCCAUCUUUACUGACCCCGCAGAGUCCACCGUCAGCAUGCAGGACGAGGAAGAUGAUGAAAAUGAUAAAAAGUCCACAGCUUCGUCAGCAGAAGACAACAAAUCCCAGCUUUCCAUGAGACCCCAUACCCCGCUGGGAGGUAGUGAAGGAGGGGACGGGUCAGAGGUUGACGGACAGGUGGGAUGGAACAAGUCUGCGCCCCUCCCCACCCCAGAGGAGAAGAUGAGGCAGACCGCCAAGGCCGUGCCCACAGACAUAGUUGCCAUCAACGUCACAGGGGCAGUGUUUGACCGACAGGCGAGCAUCCGGCGCUCCCUCAUUAACACUGACACCGUGUCCCGCCGGCCCAAGAAGGUCAAACGCAGAAAGACUAUAUCAGGGCUGCCUGACAACUUCAACCUGGAGCUAGCCGCAAAGGGACAUGGUGGAGAGCUCCGGCCGCAUUCCAUGUUCAUCCCGGGUCAGUACUCCACCUUGGGCAGAGCUGUGAGUGUCAACUCUACACUUCGACGUUCACAGACUAAAGACACCAGCUGCCAGACAGAAGAAAUUAAGAUCGUUCCCCCAUCUAUGAGGAGAAUCCGGGCUCAGAGAGGCCAGGGAAUCGCUGCUCAGAUGGCUGGAAUCUCUGCUUCCUCUUCAACUGGAAGCAUUUCAAUCUCGAGCAGCGACAGCUCUGGAAUCUUGAUGCUGCAGAACCAGUUUAAUGGAGACCCUUCCCGCUUUCACAGUCUGCCCCGCCAGGGCGCCAGGGUGUCCCUCAGCGCUGAUCCCAUCUACAGCAGCACCCCCAUCAAGUCGGUGGAGCAACUGACUACCCAGAGGCAGAUUGGGAAGCUUCAGGUUGAUGAAACCGCUGUCCACUUGAGACACGCCCCAAGGUCAGGCACCCUGCCCAGGCCGAAGUCUCAGGAGGUGAGGGGGACCCAAGCAAGUGAUUGGGGUGGAGGUCCAGCUUGUGUAGUCUCGCCACAUGCUGCUUACUCCACCUCGCUCAUUCCAAAUGCCACCAUGUCUGGCUCCUCCGAGGUUAUCACCCUGAACACCUCCGCUCAGCUCCCCCACUCCCCUGCCUCGGCUUACCCCACAGCUCGGCCGCUCAGCUUGGCCUACUCCACCAACACGGACCGCCUGGUCUCCAGUCCAGGAGCCUUCACGCACAGCUCCACCUGCCCAGCCCUUGCCACUUCUACACCCACUCACGCAGCCAACGAUGGCCGCCGGAUAGUCGCAGCCCCCGCUAGCGAGUCUGGGCAAUCAGACAGCAGCAUUCACAGCCACAGCACCCUGGCCCCAACGCCACCGUCCUGUCUGCAGGAGGAGCAUUGGAUCUACGACACGCCAGAGAAUGUGGUGGUUCAACAUCGUACUCUCACCUCCAGCUGCUCCACUCCCAUCAACCAGCUGUACAGCAGCCUGGACCAUUCCUCCAGGACCACCACUGACUCCAGCUCCCUCUAUUCCCAAGAUAAUGAUGGGUACUACACCUCCAUGCACAUGGACUCCGGCCUGCGCUCUCGUAGCCAUGGCAGCGGGCCCAGUGCAGCAGCUGGACGAGCCACGCGGCACAGCAUGUACGAGUGCCGUGAGCUGGCGAAUCAGGAGGACUCUGGGAGCUUGUACAGCGACCGCUCUCUUUCCCGAAGCAUUUCCCUGCGCAAGUCCAAGAAGCCCCCGCUGCCACCAGCUCGUACAGACUCUCUGAGACGCAAGCCCGGAGGGAAAAAGCCGCUCGGAGGUGUGAGCGCCAUCAGCGGCGUCAACGAGCCAGACGGAGCCAUGCUGAACGAGACUCUGAUCGCCAGCUUGCAGCAGAGCCUUCAACUUGGCCUGAGAGGAGGGAAAGGGAAAGGGGCCUCACCUUCGUCACCCUCUCACAGCCCCAGCAGCGACUACGACGACCCCUGGGUGCUGCGGCCGCGCAGUCAAAGUAGCAUCAGCGCAGGAAGCUCCGCGGCAUCCUUUAGGGCUAACGCAAACUGUGGAGGCGUCUCAAACGUGUACUCAUUGUGCCAUAUGACGCCUGCUCAGAGUGAGACCAGCAGCUUGCGCUCGGACUACGCUGACUCCUGGGGCUACUACAUGGACUACCCUCGUAACCAUGGAGACCAGAGGGAACAGACUCCUCCAGAACACAGCACUAAUAACCUUUCCAAUGGGGCUCAAAUGGGAGACUUACAGAAUGGAGGGGAGAUUCACAAAAACAACCAGGCUGCAGGAGCUCCAGGACAGGAGGGGAGAGUAGCAGUAAAGCCCAAGAUGUCCACCUCCUCCCCGGACAGAGUUCACAGACUGACCUCACCAUCCAGCGGCUAUUCCAGCCAGUCCAACACCCCCACAGCUGGAACCCCAGUGCCCUCGGUGGUCAGGUCCAUGUCCCCCUCGGGAAGCCGGCCGAGGCCCAAAGUCCCAGAGAGAAAGUCAUCCCUUCUCUCCUCUGUGUCUAUGUCCUCCUCUUCAACCUCCCUGUCCUCUAACACCUCUGACUCGCUUAAAAGCUUUGGCCCUGCUCCUCCCCCUCCACCACCGCUUCCGCCUUCCUCCUCCUCCUCCGCUCCAAACACCCCUAUUAGCCCACCUCCUCCUUUCCCUCCCCCUCUGCCACCGAGUUCCUGCGAAGGUACUCCUCCGUCAUCUGCUCAACAGGGUCCAGCUCUGAGGCCGACCCCUGCCUGCUCCACCUCCCCAGAGUUCCCGCCUCCUCCAACCCCUGAAAUGCUAAUCUCCCCAAGUUCGUCCUUUAACGGGAGCUUUAGUCCUCCCCCUCCACCUCCCCCUCCACCUCCCCCUCCAGUCCCCUCCAUGGGUCCACCGCCACCUCCUCCACUGCCUGCUUUUGUCCCAUCCUCCUCCCCAUCUUUUGUGAAGGCAGCGAAGGAUUCUCCUAAACCAGAACCUUCAAGCGGCCCGAAGAAGUCACCUAAGCCCCUCAUCACUCCGUUUGCGCUGCAGAGCGUUCAGCUUCGCUCUGUUAAAUGCCCAGAGGAGAAGAUUAAUGGCAAAUCAGAGCACACCAGAGCUCAGGAAACGGGCAUGGACCUCCUUCAGGGUCUCAAACCCCAGAACCAAGAGAAGUCUUCUCCCCUGGAGCAUCCCAGCAUAUUAUGCCUGUCAAACUGCUCCCAGGAGGUAGUUUCACGCAACUCCUCACCAUCGCCUGUCUCAAAGCUCUUAGAAGAUUUCUCUUUUGACUGCAGUAUCACAGACUACACACCAGAGCGUGCUCUCAUAAAUGGAAAAGGCGAGGAUCAGAGUUACAUUUUCUUAAAUGGAAAGGAGGGCGUUGAAGAGCCGUGUCCCCAAGAGAGCUCCAAAAGCUCUCCUGCCAAACAGAAACCUCCGGCAGUCUCCAAGAAACCCAAAAUCUCUUUUUUACCACCGUUUAACUCCCAAACGAUCAAUGGACAGGCUCCAUCUUCACAGGAAGACAUACACAUGCUGUCACACGCAGAAGACCAAGUAGAUGGACCGAAAAGAGACACAAAGGAAGAGGAGAAAGAAAUAAAAGUUGAGCGACGGGAGGUAGACGAGGAGGACAUUUCCGAGAGUUCAGAGCUUCUUGUGGAGAGCAGCGAAACGUCCACAGUUAGCCCGGACGAGUUCCAACUCCCUGCUCCUAACAGCCAGGAGACAAGGUUUGAAUAUGAACUGUGCACUAAUGGAGAGGCUCAUGAAGAGGAAGAGGAGGAAGGAGACGGAACAAGUAGCACGACUGGAUCCGUUAGCUCCAAGGACGACGACAAUGGUGAAGUGUUUGACUCCAGCACGGCUGAAUCGUCUCCAGCCCCGUCGGCCAACGGCACCCCUGAGGGUAAAAUGGUGACCCCUACUCCCUCAAGGACCCGAACCACGGAGGACCUCUUCGCUGCCAUUCACAGGUCAAAGCGGAAGGUCCUGGGUCGAAGGGAAUCUGACGAGGAAAAGUCUCGCACUGGGAGCCAACCCCAGUCUCCACCUGUCACCCCUACAAUCACGCCCCCUGCAUCCAUAUCCCCGUCUUCCCGACAGACCAGCUCCAUCCAGCGAAACCUCCGCAAGUCCUCCACCAGCAGUGACACCUUCAAGGCCCUCCUCCUGAAAAAAGGCAGCCGCACAGAGACCAGCUUCAGGAUGUCUGCCGCCGAGAUGCUUCGCACGACCGACCCUCGCUCGCAGCGAACGCGCUCAGAGUCGGCAUUAGACUCCCCCGCUGCUUCGCCCUCCUCCCCUACACACAGCCCCCUUACCUCCCCUGGGCGUGGUAAAAGGGCAACAGAGGAGUGGAGCCGCUACGAGGCCUUGUCUCUGUCGUCACCGACUUCGUCCUAUUCGUUUGGCGGGUUCAAGUACGGACGCUCACGCACGCCACCCUCUGCUGCCAGCAGCAAGUACAACGCGCGCAACCGGAUCCUCAGCAGCCCGAUGACUGUAAUCUGUGAGCGAGAGGGCGAGCUGGCUGAGAGCGAGUACGGAGACACUGCAGAAAGUCUGUCAGGUCCCAAGAAUCAGACUCUCCCUGUGCUCCAAGACUCUAAUGGCACUUUAUCUGAAGAGAGCAGAAGUUAGAACGCAACAAAGUCCCUGAAACGCAGGGAGCUGAACAUUCAUCAUAUGCAGGUAGUGGGCAGGAAGAGGAGCCAAUAAGAGGCCCUCUAGAGACACCUUCCUGAGCCCCACCCCUUCAGUGCUGCCUAUGAGGGAGCGGACGUGUCGGGACCUGAUGUGAGGUCAGAGAUCGCCCAAACAUGGACCGGGUUGAACUGAGUCUGAAGUGGAGGACUGGUUCUGCUGCAGCUUUUUUGUUAAUCCAAUGAUUCUCUCUCCCUCUUCUUUGUUUGCUGACUCACCUUUUAUGUUGAGGAUAGUGUUUCCUUCCUUUAAACCCGGUGUUCUAAGUUUGUUUUCCAUUUGUUUUGCUGUUUUUUUUUUACAUAAUUGUCCUUAACAUGCAGGAACAUUUGGGUUUUUUUUUUUGAACGACAAGGUUUUACGAGGGCAAACAAAGGUGAACUGAAGGACUUGAAAAGUCACAGGUUUUGUGAUGAACUUUGCUACUGCAGUGCUCUGUAGCUAGGCAGUGAGAAAGAGUGAACAGUAAUGGUUUAGAUGCUUCUUAGCUUCUGCAUCUCUCUUGGUUCUGAAAGUGUUGGAGAGCACUUGGUUUGCAGGCGUUGGCUUAAUGCAGCCCAUCGAAUGUUCUAUAAAGAAUAGGAAGUAGUGGGAAGCCGCCGCUUUACGCUAGAACUUUGCUGCAGUUAUCACCAAGUUUUGUUUUCUGCUUUUAGGUCAGCCUUUCAGUUUGCGGAGCUGGUGUGUUCAGUGUUCCAGAGGAAGUGCAGAGGGCUCAGUGCUGCCACCUAGUGAUGGACAAUUGGGUGUACAAAGUCUCACCCAGAAGAGCAGAUUUUAACUAAAAAAAAAAAGGCUCAUAAAACCUCUAUUAAUGGAAUUUUAGUUUUGAGAUUUUUUGCACUGUGCAUAGGUCUUUUUUCUUUGUGAGUUAGAAACCUACGUUUUAAAGAUUGUUUUAACAAACAAAUGAUGUCAUGAGUUGUGAUUUUAAGAAUCUAUAAAUGUCAAGCCAGAAAAUGAGGAUAGGAAUAAAGCUUAUUCCACCGUCGGGGGUCUUUUUAGCGAUCAUGUUUGUUACCAAAGAGCUGGAAAAUGAAAUGCCGGCUAUAAAACUGGAAGUGAACACAAUCUGAGAGUGUGACUGCUUAACUCGAGCAUUGGGUUCAGCGUUUGUUUGCGUGGACCUGUUAGUAGCGUUUAGGCUUGAAAUGAUUCCUAAAAUGCUGUUGACCUUUCUUUUUUGCAGUUCUUUAUUGUUUGGUAUGUAAAUAGAUAGAGAAAUGAGUUUUAAGUAACAAUCUGGACUUAUUUUCAAAGACUUUGUACAUUUUUUUUUUAGAGCCCUGUGUUUGUGGAGGGAGGUGGUUUCUUUUUGUAGAUUAUUUAUUUUCUUUAGCAGGCCUGUGGUGCGCUGUCAUCAUCAACCAGCAAGCUGACAAGCAGGCACCAGGAGGUCAAGGGGCUACAUUUACUCUGCUGAUCCCAUCAGGCCAUUUCAUCCAUUUAAAGGUGCUUCAAAGCAACAACAAAAAUGCAAUAAUGUCAAUAUUUAUGCUUAAGCCUCCUACUGCCCUUAAUCUUGAGUCAUGCAAAGCCUCCAUUGGUGCUCACGGACGAGUAAAUGUGGCCUCUUUAGAGUCAUAAACUGACCCUGUGGUUAAAUCACCUGUGACCAAAUUGUGUCUCCCAGCACCCGCCCGGCUGUGACGGAGCACUUGAGAGGAUCUCUGGUGACAGGAAACAUCUCGAUCUUAAAACAAGAGAUCGUGAAAAGACCUGAGGAUGGAAGGAGUCAUGAGGUAGCGGCGCUGAAGGCAGGCUGCUAACGCUCUGUGUAUGUCUGUGAAAUAAAAACAAAACAAAACAAGGUGAUAUUUAAA